AUGUACGUUCCGUCGUUUUCGAUUUCAAAAAUCUUAUUUAUUUCUUCUGCCCUCUUAGAUUUAUUUACUUUUUACAUAUUACUAUAUUGGACAGUCAUGCCUUCGUAUUGUACAUAUAUUUUUACACUGUUAGUAUUCGCUGCAAAAAUACCCUUGUACAAAGUAAUAUUUCAAAAAUUUAAUAGAAACGCGAUUUACUGGUCAUUCAUCGGACUUAUAGUAGGAUUGGCUUAUUCUACCAUAACCAUAUUACUAAUGUUUAUAAACAUAAAAUUAUACAUAUUUUUUGUACUCCUUAUAAUAUUCCUGAUUGCUAAUAUCUUAUCUAUUAUAUUAAAAAUAAUAUUGAUUUUUAAUAUAUUUAUUUUAAGAAGUUUCUUAAUAUUUGAUGUUACAAUACCAUCAAAUUUCAGUCUAUUGCAGGCACAAGAAAAAAUAGGAGCAUUUACUAGCGGAUUUACAUCGGUAUAA